UUCGCCAUGAGGCCGAGCGGAUGGGCGCUGCGCUCGCUGGCUGCCAAGGCGUCGGCGUCCGCGUCGGUCUUUCGUGCCGUCGAGUCGGCGCUGCCGCUCGAGAUCUUCAGCGUGGUGGCGGGCUUCGCGCGCGACCCCCACCCAAGCAAGGUCGACCUCGGCAUCGGCGCUUAUCGCACCAAUGAGGGGCAGCCUUGGGUGAUGCCAUGGGUGCAGCGAAUUGAGCAUCUGAUGGGUGAAGACAAGACAAGGAACCAUGAGUACCUGACAUUCCUGGGUUGUGACACUUUCAGCCAAGCAUCAACUGCCCUGUUGUUGGGACCUGAAAGUGAUGCUGUGAAACAGGGAAAGGCUUUUGGCAUACAGAGCCUCGGGGGAACUGGAUGUGUACGUAUUGGAUCCGAAUUCUUAUCCAGAGUACUGAAUUACAAUACUGCCUACAUUCCUGCACAAACAUGGGAUAAUCAUCACAGAGUUAUGUCUAGAAGUGGAUUCACACACAUGAAGGAGUACAGGUAUUGGGAUCCUCUGAAUAAGGCACUAGAUUUUGAGGGUCUAAUUGAAGACUUAUCAUCUGCUCCCAAAUAUUCUGUGGUGGUGUUACAUCCAUGUGCCCACAAUCCUACAGGCUGUGAUCCAACGCAAGAACAAUGGGACAGAAUUGCUGACAUUAUUCAGGAAAGAAAACUCUUUCCAUUUUUUGACACAGCCUACCAAGGCUUGGCUUCAGGUGAUGUUGACCAAGAUGCAUGGGCUGUUCGUCAUUUUGUUAAAAGGGAACUUGAAUUGUUUUGUGCUCAAUCUUUCUCCAAGUCUUGUGGAUUGUAUGGUGAACGAAUUGGCAACUUAACAGUAGUUGUGCAUGAUCCAGAUCAGAUUGAGAAGAUGAGAUCACAGUUUCGUAUUAUUGUGAGAGCCCUAUAUUGCAGUCCUCCAAGACAUGGCGCACAGAUUAUUUCCACAAUGCUUCAAGACCCAAAUAUGCAGGAGGAAUGGAGAGCAUGCUUAAGGGAAAUGGCUGGCCGAAUCCGAGACAUGAGACAUAGUCUGAGACAGAAACUUGAAGGAAUGAGAACACCAGGCACCUGGGAGCACAUAACUAAACAAGUGGGGAUGUUUUCAUUCACAGGCCUUACAGAACACCAAGUUCAGUACAUGAAGGAAAAGCACCACAUAUACAUGUUAAGCAGUGGAAGAGCCAACAUGUGUGGACUCAACAACAAAAAUCUGGAUUAUGUUGCAAGUGCUAUCCAUGAUACAGUGACACAGAUAAAAUGAAGAUAGAAAUUCUACACUUGUCCAAGAGUGAACUGUGUUGUUUUGAGUUACAGAGAUUGUUCCUUUUUAAUGUGAAUAGUGACCAGUCUGCCUGUUACAUGUGUAUUGCUCUCAAGUAAAUUUGUUAUUGGAACAAAUUUAUCCAAUCAAAAUGAAUAUAAGCAUGAAAUACUAUAUUCAUUUUAUUUCUUUGUUGUUUUAUUUUUAAGUAGCAGACUACUAUGUUAAUCUGUUAAUUGAUCAUUACUUCAUAAGCUACAUUUUAAACAAUGCUUUAUUUCAACUAACAAAAUUUGGGUCCUAUGUAAAAUGUAACUAUAACAACUGCACACAAAUUCAUUCCAACUCAAAAAUUAUAUUUUCAUACAAUCUGCCUUCUAGGGCGUUAGUUCAUGUUUAAUUAACACCACAUUGUGGAGUUUGUAAAUGUCUCCUUCAGUAAUAUUUUUAUCUCAUAAUGCUGGAAGUGGUUUAAGAUAGUAACAAUAGAAUCUUUUGAUUUUUAUAUAUUAUAAAUAUGCAAAUGUAUACGACAUUUAAUUUUGUUGUCACCUAUCAAUACCAAAAGAACACAUUCAAAACUACUAUUUGAGGACUGCAUGUUAUGUAAUAGGUGACAGUGUGACCUCAGUUUGUUAGAAAACAACAUUGUAGAAUAAAGAAUUUUAUAUUUUGGAUCAUGAGAGGCAUUGGUCCUUGGUUUUGGGCAAUAUAGAUUCCAAAGAAUGACAUCAGAACAUUAUGCAAGAGGAAACGGUAAUUGUAACAAAAGACUGGUCAGUUACAGUCAAGCUAAAAAAUUUUGCCAUUUGUAAUAUUGCAGAGUGCUGUAGAAUGUAUACAGAAAAGCUAGAAGAAUUCAUUAUAAUAAGAUAAUGGGUAACCCGCUAAGUAACACUAAAAUAACAUGGUCUGUUGUGAAGGAUGUCUCGACUAGAGGUGGGAUGCCUAACAUCUUAAAUAAUUUGGCUUUUGUAGAAUAAUGGAACUGUUACUGAUCCAUCAGAGCUGUAUCAAACAUUUGAUAACAACUUUCUGUCAACAGUUGAUUGUUAAAUUAAUGUUUUACUAGUACAGACAAGUAUUUAAAAUGACUAAAAACUGUUGUUUUGAGCCAAUCAAAGAAGCUACAGGAAGAAAUCAAGGAGGACAUCAACUCUGUUAUUAAAUCACUGGAAGUAAAUAUACAAAUGAGUGUGAGGAGGCAUCAAACAGUAUUGUGAGUACUAUUGCACCAUUCUUUAGGCACCUACGCAGUGUGUCUCAAGUGCAGUCAGUUUCCAGGCAUUAAAGUACUCCUUCGUAAAUCCACUCUAUAACAAGAUAGAAGAGCAUUAUGUGGACAAUCAUAGGGCAGUUUUCUGCCACUAGUGUUUUCAAAGGUUGGAAAAGGCAAUGUACGCCAAAGUAAUAGUAUAUGCCAAUAAACAUAGUUUGUUGUUUGGAUUUGGGACUUAAGCUUUUGUAACAUUUAUUUAUUAUUUAUUAGUAGUUCAUUAGCACCACAUAUGAGUAGACUGCUGGAUAUAUAACAAGUCAGUUUUUACAAGUUAUUGUUUAGUACAUUGAACUUUUAAUAGUUCAAACUUUUGAUAGUUCAAAAUAUAUGCUACCAUAUAGAACUUUAUGUCACUUAUGAAUAUACGGAAAAACAUAGUGUACUUAAGUUCCACUGCACAUAAACAAAGAAUGAUGGACCCACCUUAUUGGCCACAAAAAUACGUUUAAGCAUACUAAGAAGCUAACACAUAGUUUAAAAUUAUUGAGUGCAUUUAUGCAACAUACACCUUCUCCAAAGGCAAAAUAUGCGAAGCUGAGGUAAAUGACCAGUUGAGGAGCGUAGGAUGUUUUCUUAGGCAAUUGAUAGGGAGAAUCUUAUCUGUGUUUCAUUUCAAAUCUAGCAAAUAGUAUGCAGAAACUAAUUUUCCAAACAGGGAAUAGAUCGGAAUGUGACUGGGUUGCUGGGACUGGGUAGUUUCAUGGGGUUCUGUUCUGGAUUCACCACUUAUCUUAAUUUAUCUCAAUAUCAUUAAACAAAGCAGAUGAUUACAAAACUUUUCUGUCUGCAUUAUGAUCGACUUAAGACAUUCAAAAACUUAUCAAGUAUAAGAUGUUAUGAAAGCUUGAAUACGAGAAUGUUCAGUAUUGAAUGAGCUAGUGGUACUGCUGUCUGCAGCAUGGUGGAUAUUCACGAAUAAAUUUUAAAAUGUGUCCAGAUCAAAUAAAAUAUCAUUUCACAUGAAUUUUGUUUUCCUUCUUCGUCAGAAAUUCUUGGAGAAGUGGCACUUCCAGCACUUAUAUGCAUGCUUUGCCAUUGACAAGGAGAUGUUAGUGUCUAAAGUUCCUGCAAUUGCAUAGACUUUUCACCACUCUGUUAUGUUACAGCAUAACUGAUGGUUCUGAAUGUGAGUGCAUGAAAUGCAACCAAUGGAUCAUUCAUUUGUGUGUUAAGUGUACAAGUGAUAAGGGUGAACUGAAGCACAUAAACAGACUCUCUGACUCAGCAACAAAGUGACUAAAGAAUAUUGUAAUUCUGUACAGGGCUAUAAGAAUAUUGUAGAUUGGUUUUGUAAAUGCUUAAUGAGUAAAAAAUAAAGAAAAUGUUUUAUGUUAAA